UUCGACAAGACGAUAUGUCAUUAUUUUUAUUCGUACAAUUUCCGUAUAUACAGAGGUAUUUUGCGGAUGUAUACAUCUUCGCCACUGUUCGAUGCUAUUUUAUGUAGAAAUAAGUAGAAAGAAAUUUCAAAGCGAGGAAAUUUCGUUCUCGAAACAGUAGAUAAAAUUAAGCAUUCUGUUGAUCGAUGCGUGGUAUGUGGAUGUUUAACAAACCUUUCCUCGUACGCUAUAUUUAGUGUCAAAGGUAUAAAUGCCAUACUAAUUUCUUUGAUCCCUGUAAUAGCUACGUGUCACACAUGACUGUGAACGGAAACAUGUUGCAGUACGGACCGUUAUACACGUGUGUGAAAUUUGCAUUAUGCAACACGCAUUUGAGGCCUCAAACUCGUCUCUGUUGGAAGAAGCAGGAAGGGAGCGUGGGUAAAUUGAAAUUAGUCAUCUGUGCGAGGUCAGAGACAAAAAGGUUCUUUCGUAAAAAGUAUGAAUCCGAAUUGCAAUCAUUAUUACAAUAUCGUUGAAAAAGUGUCGUCGUUGACCGGUCAAUGGCCCUAUCAAAAAUCAAGAACAAGACUGCUCGGUCUGUGCCUGGUGACUUUGAGCACUUUCUCUAUGAUCGUGCCACAGAUGGCCAAGUUAGUCAAGUGUGACGGAAAUUUAGAGUGCAUUUUUCAAACUCUGACAGCGUAUCUGUUGACGAUUGUGACUUUGGUAAAACUGUACACAUGCUACUUUAAUCGAUGCAAAAUGAAAACGCUCGUUGAUCAGUUGUUCGUCGAAUGGGACGAACUGAAGACUCCGGAAGAAUACGAAAUUAUGAGGAGAUACGCUGAGAACGGCAGGAGAUACUCUUUGGGAUACUCGUUAUAUAUCUUCACAUCCACAUAUCUGUUCAUGUGCGUGUCCCUCAUACCUCAACUGUUGGACGUUGUAAUGCCCCUCAACGAGUCCCGUCCUAUACUUCCCGCUCAUCCAGGACAUUACUUCGUCGACGAGAGGAAAUACUUCUAUUAUAUUUUCUCGCACGCCAUUGUAGCCUGGGAAAUCGCCGUGACCGGUAUAGUUGCCCACGACUGCAUGCUUCUAACUUUUGUUGAAUAUAUUUGUAGUAUCUUCACUCUAGUCGGAGUUCGACUUGAACGACUGACGUCCAAACACGCUGAUGCUGCGAAUAAAUCUUUGCAUUCUCGUAAAAUUGACACGUAUCACAAUCAAAUUGCGUUCUCAGUACAUACGCAUCAGAAAGCUUUGAGAUACGCUCAACUUCUUGAGGAUACGUUUUCGACGACGUUGGCUGUACAAGUAGCGCUGAAUACAGUAAUGAUCAGCAUUACGUUGUUACAAAUUACGCAAGAAAAUUCCGAUAUUUUUAUAGCAACAAGAUACGUAGUGUACGUGGCUGCUCAAUUGAUUCACUUGUUCUAUCUCAGUUUUGAAGGACAGAAGCUGAUAGAUCACAGUCUUCAAACGCGCAAUAAAAUCUAUAAUAGUUCGUGGUACGAAAUACCUCCAAAGUCGCAGAGGAUGCUUCUUUUUGUGAUGCAGAAAACUCUUCAACCUGUUUUUCUGACCGCCGGCAAAGUGUACAUUUUCUCACUGGAGAGUUUCACUACGAUCCUACAAACUUCAAUGUCGUAUUUUACGGUGCUCUCGUCUUUAGAAUGAUCGAACACAAGUAUGUUUGCAUCCAAUCGUGAAAUUAUUUAAUUCUUACUACAAUAUGUGUGAGACAAAAGUUUAUUACCAAUGUGCGAGCAAUUCGUGUAUGUUGCAAUAGCAAAUUGUUCGUCUCCAUGUUGAAGUAUACGUUAAUCUUGAAAUAUAAAAUAACACUUUAAGAAUAUUUUUAAAGUGAUUUUUCAUACGCAUGAUAUGAAGGAGAGAAGACACUUAGAACAUAAAAAUAUAUGAAAACAACGCGAUUAUUACGAACUUGGUUUCUUAAUUCCAACACACUUGAAAUAUUGUUACGCUAAUUUUCGUUGCUCGAGUGAAGAAGGCGUCUUCCAGGAACGCCGGGUAAAAUAUUGAUUCUAUCGACCCUCGCGGGGAAUAUAAAAACACAACCUGUCGGCUCCAUUUAGCAUCUGUCUACCUUGUAUUUAGCAUCAAAGACAAAACUAAAUUCUGGUGUACUCAUGUAAAUGCUACUUAUAUCCCUGUAAGAGCUAUGUGUCACUUAUAUUGACGGGCGACAGCAUGCUGCAAUUAUGCAAAAACAGACAUGUAGUAUUUAUU